UUUACGUUUUAUUGUUUGAAUUGAUCGAAAGGACAACAUGAUUCUUGACAAUGUUGUGGAGUUUGCCAGCUACUGGUGGUUCCGUUACCUCAUGGUUACUGAGCUAUAUAUGGUGGAGAAAUGGGAACGUGUAACGAUACACGUGCUCUUUAUGGUGCUCUUCUGCGUAUUCUGGUACUUCAACUAUUCGGUGCUGCUCUCUCUGGCCGGACUAAUCUCACCCAACACACUUAUUGCGGAUAUCUUACCCGGCGCGCAUCAAGGACAAGGUGUCAAGGUCAUAUAACUGAAGCGGAGCCACCACUGAGUCACACCGUGUGUUUACUUCUGGUUUUCCAAUAAUUGAAUAUCUGCGUAUCUGUAAUUGUGCCGUGCCUCUCCACGCGCCAGCUUUAUCUAAUCCACAUUCACAUCCACAUGCACUCCACAAGGCGUUUGCUUACACAUCAAUCACAUCACAACCCAGCCGGAUAAGGUGGAGUUCCUGUAUAUGUUAAUCGUUUGUGGAUCUGCAGCCUGAAUGGCAGCCACUGGCAGCCCAUCACUGUUUAAGGUAGCCUUAGUUUAUACGUACUCCGUAAUCCUUACGCGCUCGAGUGUUGGAUGCGAAAUAAUAGUUAGGGAAUAAAUCUGAAUAUGAUGAAUAUAAUGGGCCUUUACUUUUGAA